AGCUCAGCCACAAACGAGUCACUGAAUCUGUUGCGCUCGGUCACUCUUUCCAAAGGAAAAAAAAGCUCUGAGAAUUCGCUUUUUUUUGCGACUAUGAGGGAAACCUGUGAUUUUUAAAAGGACUACAAGAAUAUUUACGUAGCCUACUGUUGGCACAAAGUCUCAAACAUAUUUUCGCUUGUGAUGCCCGCUGGGAUGUUUAGUAUCGACAGUAUCUUGGCAGGGAGACCCAGCUGCAAGGACUCGGUUCUGCUCCAUCGGAAUGCUCCGGUUGUGUUCUCCAACUUGACGGAAUCCUUGUACACAGCAGCCGGCGAUUUUAAUGGACUGUAUUCACACACCGGACCUCCAGCUCCUAACUUACAGUCGGUAAAUGGAACCAGGAUAGGCUACAACAACUACUACUACGGACAACUUCAUGUCCAGGGGCCGACUGGACCAGCUUGCUGUGGCGCAAUACCAACUCUCGGCUCGCAACAAUGCCCGUGUAUUCCUACAGGUUACGACAGCGCCGGUUCAGUACUUAUUUCUCCAGUCCCACAUCAGAUGAUGUCGUACAUGAACGUGGGCACGUUAUCCAGAACCGAACUACAGCUACUCAACCAGUUACACUGCCGGCGCAAGAGACGACACCGAACCAUUUUCACCGACGAGCAACUGGAGGCACUGGAGAACCUUUUCCAAGAAACCAAAUACCCUGAUGUUGGCACACGAGAGCAGCUGGCACGAAAGGUGCACCUACGCGAAGAGAAAGUAGAGGUUUGGUUCAAAAACAGACGAGCAAAAUGGAGAAGACAGAAAAGGUCGUCAUCAGAGGAAUCAGAAAACUCGCAGAAAUGGAACAAAUCCACGAAAACAACCACAGAGAAAAUCGAGGAGGGCAAAAGUGACGUGGACUCUGACAGCUGAUAAAUAGAAUAUGAGACGGGAAAAUCUUGCACAAAUAGCCUAUGAUUCGGACUUUUAUGUACAUAUUGUAAAGUACCAUGUGAGUAGGAGUGAAAAUGUGUUGUCAUGCUGUUGCACAGAUGUAUAGUAAAUGUUACCUUUAACAAUGAUAUUGUUAUUUAUAUUAAUUUAAAUGUACACAAAGUAACGUGGAUUCUGGCCAUAGUAAUAUUAACUGAUAUUUACAGAAAACAUUUUUGAAGUCUUGUCGUAUUAAGAUAUAUAUCUAGAUAAGGUGUUCUGGAGUGGGCUGUAACUGAAGACAUGUACGAUGGCAGGACGAUACAUUUUGACAUUGAUUAAACAACCGUUUUAUGCCGCCUGAAAAAAAGAACAUAAGCAAAUAUUAAAGUAAUAUCUAAAAUGUU